AUGGCGGUCGGGCAGGGGCUCUCGCAUCAUGCGUCGACGGAUGAGUAUGGACUACUCCCGUCCUGCGGUUUCGACGUCCUGGAUGAGUAUAUCCAGGGUCUAGACGGGGGUGCAGAUUUAACACCUGACUGCGGUUCGCCAGCUUCGAGCAUGGACUCGAAGCACGAUGGGGACGCAAGCUACGAGAACUCAGAGUUGGAAUGCGUCUACGCUAUUGUACACGUGGACGGGAGUCCACAAAGGCGCCAAUAUAUUGAGGUCGCGAGUCCACCGCGCGACGCGGCGUCGAUUACGUGCCUUCCAGCACUCUCCUACAAGCGUAUUCUAUGCGACCUCAAGGGAGGCACGGUGGAACAAGUAUGUCUGGUCGCCAACGAGGUAAUUCAAGAGCCGAAUGAUAAGCGAAUGACGCACCCUCGAAGCGCUGAACAAAAGUAG